AUGCUCUUCGACUGUGCUAACUUACUACCAGAUGACGGCCGGAUUAACGUUGAUCUCGACUCCAAAGCCGCGCGCACCCUGUCGAGAUUGAUCUUGCAGCCGCCCAAAGACCUGCCAGAUGCCAUUCCAGACUACCACACAUUGAAGGGUGCUUGGAAGCUCCCCUUGAACAUUGUCGUGCAGGUUGUCGGCAGCCGCGGCGACGUGCAGCCCUUCAUAGCCCUCGGCAAUGAGCUGCAGAAGCACGGCCAUCGCGUGCGCCUUGCCACACACAAUGUCUUCGAGGACUUUGUCCGGAAGUCCGGGCUCGAGUUCUAUCCGAUUGGCGGCGAUCCCACCGAACUGAUGGCAUACAUGGUGAAGAACCCUGGCUUGAUACCGAAUAUGAAGAGUCUCCGUGGUGGAGAUAUCCAGAAGAAGCGGGUCAUGGUGAAGGAAAUGCUGGAAGGAUGCUGGCUAAGCUGCAUUGAGCCGGACACAAAAACGCAAGAGCCAUUCGUCGCAGAUGCUAUUAUUGCGAAUCCCCCAAGCUUUGCGCAUAUCCACUGUGCCGAGGCUUUGGGCAUUCCUGUGCAUCUGAUGUUCACCAUGCCUUGGACGAGCACGAAAGCAUUCCCACACCCGUUGGCAAACAUCAAGUGCUCGACCAUCGACAAAUCGACCCAGAACUUCCUCUCCUACGGUAUCGUCGAAUGGCUAACGUGGCAAGGUCUGGGCGACAUCAUCAACAAGUGGCGCCACGACCUCGACCUCGACCCCGUCCCAGCCACCGAAGGCCCGCUGCUCGCCGAAACCCUGAAGAUCCCCUUCACCUACUGCUGGUCGCCCGCCCUGGUGCCCAAGCCGGCCGACUGGUCCCACCACAUCGACGUCUGCGGCUUCUUCUUCCGCUCCCCACCCGCCUACCAGCCUCCCCCCGACCUCGACGCCUUCCUCCGCAGCGGCCCGCCACCCGUCUACAUCGGCUUCGGCAGCAUCGUCCUCGACGACCCGCAGCGCGUAAGCGCCACGAUCCUCUCCGCCGUCCGCACAACCGGCGUCCGUGCCAUCAUCUCGCGCGGCUGGAGCAAGCUCGACGGUGCCCCCGACCCAAACGUGCUCUUCCUCGGCGACUGCCCGCACGAGUGGCUGUUCCAGCACGUCGCGGCCGUCGUGCACCACGGCGGCGCCGGCACGACGGCGUGCGGGCUGCUGAACGCGCGGCCGACGACUAUCGUCCCGUUCUUUGGCGACCAGCCGUUCUGGGGCCAGAUGGUCGCCGCCGCGGGCGCCGGGCCCGUCCCGAUCCCGCACCGGCUGCUCGACAGCACGAACCUCGCCGAAGCCAUCUCGUACUGCCUCACGCCGCAGGCGGCGGCGGCGGCGCGCGGCAUUGCGGAGAAGAUGCGGGCGGAGGCCGGGGUGGCGAGGGCGGUCGAGGCGUUCCAUGCUAACCUGCCAGCGCUGGAACGGAUGAAGUGCGACGUCUUCCCCGACAAGCCGGCGUGUUGGCGGGUGAAGAAGAAGGAUGGCGUGUGUAAGUUGUCGAAGGUGGCGGCGGAGGUGUUGGUUAGUGAGGGGGGGUUGGAUCGGAAGAAGUUGAAGAUAUACGCGAGCAAGCCUAUCGUCAUCGAGAACCGCCGCUGGGAUCCCAUCACCGGCGGUGCGUCGUCGGCGCUCGGCUGGGGAUCAGACAUGGUCGUCGCGACGGCGGACCUGUUCGUCAAACCCUACCAGGAAUACAGGCGCAGCCGGCCGGAAUCACAUCCCACGCCCUCAAAGGACUCCGAGUCAACAGAGAAACACGCGCUACUACUCCAGGGCCAACUCGCCCGACCCAGCGCCACAGACAGCAGCCAUGCCCUAAACCGCAGCAGCACAGGCGACAACCACCAGCACGGCUCCAGGCAGCACAGCGUAUCCUCCUCCACAGAGAGCGAUCACUCCGACAUCAACGACGACGCCGCCGCCGCCGCCGCCCAGAGCCCCAAGACCAAAGGCCGCGGCGCAGCAGCAUCCAAUGCGGCCGUGGCAUCCGGCAAGAGCGUCGGCCGAUGGUUCGGGACCUACACCAAAGGCGUCUUCCUCGACGUGCCGCUCGCCGUCGCCGAAGGCAUGCGGCAAACGCCCGCUCUGUACGGCGAGCGGGUGCACGACUACGGCCGCAUCACGGGGUGGAAGAGCGGCGCGGCGUUCGCGGCGAAGAACUUCGGCGUCGGGCUGGCCGAAGGGCUGACGGAUGUCUUCGUGCAGCCGGUGAAGGGUGGGAGGAAGGAGGGGGCGGUGGGCGUGGUGAAGGGGUUGGGCAAGGGGUCGGUGGGGAUGCUGGCGAAGAUGGGGUCGGCCGGGUUGGGGGUGCUGGCGUAUACGGGGCAGGGGAUUUAUAAGACAAACACGACAGGAUCGGGCGGGUGGCAAAAUGCUCUCGCGAAAGCGGACGAGUUUGUGUCACUUCUGAACCUCACCGAAAAGGUUGCCAUGGUCACUGGCUCUUCCGAAUACAGCUGCAUUGGAAACAUUGCUCCCAUCGAGCGUCUCAAUUUCACUGGUCUCUGCCUUCAAGACGGCCCGGCGGGCGACCGCCUUGGUGAUCUCACGAGCACAUUUCCUGCAGGCUUGACGACUGCUGCGACAUGGGACAAGGAGCUUAUGAAGCAACGUGGCUACGCACUUGGCACCGAGUUCAAGGGGAAAGGGGCACACAUUCACUUGGGUCCUUCCACGGGUGCUCUCGGACGCCAUCCGCUGGCAGGACGUGGUUGGGAGGGAUUCUCUCCAGACCCCUAUCUGAGCGGAAUUGCUAUGAAUGCUUCCGAGACUCAGAGGACUCGCACUGUGCUCGCCGACGGCACGGUAGUCGAAGCCGUCUCGUCAAACAUUGACGACCGAACCAUGCAUGAGCUUUACAUGUGGCCUUUCGCCAACGCAAUCAAGGCUGGAGUUGCCUCUGUCAUGUGUAGCUACAACAGAGUCAACCAGACGUACGCUUGCGAGAACUCAAAGAUGCUAAACGGCCUCCUUAAGGGCGAACUGGGCUUCCAAGGAUACGUCAUGUCAGACUUCUACGCCGUGCAUUCCGGCGUGCGCUCUAUCGAAGCCGGACUCGACCUGAACAUGCCCGGCUCAUGGGACGAAGUCACCUUCGACGCGAGCUUCUGGGGCGCCAACCUGACCGCCGCCGUCCAAAACGGCACCAUCCCCGAAUCUCGCCUCGACGACAUGAUCCGCCGCCUGCUGACGCCCUACUUCUUCCUCGGCCAGGACGACGACUACCCCUCCGUCGACCCCACCUCCCUCUCCGUCCUCGCCACCACCUACGGCGUCAAGCUCCCCGGCACCUUUCCCCCCGCCCGCGACGUCCGCGGCGACCACGGCACGCUGAUCCGCUCACUCGCCGCCGCCGGCACCGUCCUCCUGAAAAACGCCAACGCCACCCUGCCCCUGUCCACCCCCAUGAACAUCGGCGUCUUCGGCAACGACGCGGCAGACCUCACGGCCGGCCUGUUCUUCCCGGGGACAGACGCCGCAGCAUCCCCAUUCGGCUUCGACAUGGGCACGCUGACCGUCGGCGGCGGGUCGGGCACGGGGCGCAGCACGUACGUCGUGGCGCCGCUCGACGCCAUCAAGCAGCGGGCAGCCAGCUACGGCGCGCGCGUGCAGUACGUCCUCGACAACGAGCUACUCGCCGCCGACAACUUCCGGGCCAUCUACCCGGAUCCGGAGGUGUGUAUCGUGUUCGUCAAGGCGUGGGCGAAGGAGGGCGCGGACCGGACGAGCUUCGCGAAUGACUGGGACGGCGACAAGGUCGUGGCGAACGUCGCGGCGCGGUGUGCGAAUACGGUUGUUGUGAAUCAUGCCGGCGGCGUGACGACGAUGCCGUGGGCAGAGAAUGAGAAUGUGACGGCGAUUUUGAACGCGUAUUACCCCGGCCAGGAGUCGGGGAAUGCGAUUGUCGAUGUGCUGUUUGGCGAUGUCAACCCGUCUGCGCGUCUGCCGCAUACGAUUCCGAGGAGCGCGGAGGACUACGAUUUCCCGGUUGUGAACUUGACGGGCACGGCGAAGGCGAAUGACUCGGAGGCGUGGCAGGCGGACUUUGAGGAGGGGUUGUUGAUUGAUUAUCGCCACUUCGAUGCGAAGAACAUCACGCCGCUCUACGAGUUCGGCUUCGGGCUGUCGUAUACCGAGUUUAAGAUCAGUGCACCGCUGGAGGUCGCUGGCGUUGCUGCGAACACGACCCGCGUCUCGUCCUUCCCGCCGGCAGUAUCUUCCGCUCAGCCCGGCGGCAACCCUGCGCUUUGGGAACCUGUCUUGACUGCGUCGACGACAGUCCAGAACAUGGGUGAGCGCGCUGGCGCUACCGUAGUUCAGCUGUACUUAUCCAUGCCGUCUGGCAGCGUGCCGGAAGGAACGCCGCUGCGGGUGCUCAGGGGGUUCGAGAAGGUGCAGCUGGAGCCGGGCGCGAGUGAGAAGGUCGAGUUUCGGCUGUUGAGGAGGGAUGUUAGUUUUUGGAAUGUCGAGGCGCAGGAGUGGGAGAUACCGACGGGGGAGAUGAGGCUGAGCGUUGGUUUUAGUUCGAGGGACCUGAAGGAUAUCGCGGUGGUGGAGCUGGUUUGA